UUCCUCUUCACGCCAAACUUCUCCUCUCAAGAUGGCAGCAGCGAUGGAUGUUGACACGCCGAGUAGCACGAACAGUGGCGCUAGCAAGAAGCGGUUUGAAGUGAAGAAGUGGAAUGCAGUGGCGCUGUGGGCCUGGGACAUCGUGGUGGAUAACUGUGCUAUCUGUCGGAACCACAUCAUGGACCUCUGUAUAGAGUGCCAGGCCAACCAGGCCUCUGCGACCUCUGAGGAGUGCACUGUAGCCUGGGGAGUCUGCAAUCAUGCCUUCCACUUCCACUGUAUUUCCCGCUGGCUGAAAACCAGACAGGUGUGUCCUCUGGACAACAGGGAGUGGGAGUUUCAGAAAUACGGACACUAGCUGUAUUCUUGCUGACUUUUUUGCGCUACAAGCAUCACCCGUAUUUCUUCUGUUCCCUCCUGCUUGUAAGCGGUUAUUUUACGCCCAUGUCUUUUUGUUUUGGUAUGUUGUAAGUACAAAAAUAAACAUCAAUAUUGUCA